AUGGAACAGCAAUCUCAACUGGCGUCCGAGGACCUGGGACAGGAGCAGCCUGACUUCGUCAAUCGUUGCCGUUGGUUGAAGCAUUCUAUUGAACGCCAGAGACAGGCGGCGUCCUUUACUUGUGGCGGAACGAUUCUCGUUGGAUCGGAUAAUAAAGAGAAGACGGAGCCUCCUCUUUCUGGAGUGCAUUCAUCUACCUCUGCACCUUGUCCAUCCUCGCCCGUCAGCAUCCUGUGGGCAACGUGCAACGAUUCGACGGCCCGGAAGCUCGUCCUACCACUCGAUGGUGUCUCUCAGGAAUCUAGCACACCGGUCCUCCAGCAGCUAGUGGCCGACUGCGAUCCUGCUACCUUUGGAAGGGGACAGGAAGAUAUCCUGGACACUGAAUAUCGCAAGGCCGGAAAGAUGGAUCACGGUCAUUUCGCGACCAGCUUUCAUCCGGCAGACUUUGGGAUUAUUGAGAACGUCGAGAGGAUUCUCCUACCCAGCAUCAGUACAGCAACCGACAACCAGAUGCCGUUCCGGAAGCUCACGGCAGAACUCUACAAGCUGAAUGCUUACUCCGGACCCUCUGGCCUCUUUCGAAAACACGUUGAUACUCCUCGCUCAAAGCAUCAGAUCGGAUCACUGGUGGUAUGCCUACCGUCUGCCUUCCAGGGAGGCGACCUGGUGGUCCAACACAAUGGCCAGACCGUAGUGUUCGAUUGGAGUAUGCGCAGCUCUAAUACUAUUCAAUGGGCUGCCUUCUACAGCGACUGCGAGCACGAGAUCAAACAGAUCACCAGCGGCGACCGGAUUACACUUACAUAUAAUCUUUUCGUCACUGAGCCGGUGGGAGGCGCAUUCCCACUCAGCAAUGGAAUUAUCAAUCCCAAAACCCUGCCGCUUUACAGUUCCAUAGAGACUCUUGUGGGUGACCCGUCAUUCAUGGAAAAAGGCGGCGUUUUGGGCAUUUAUUGUUCCCACGCCUACCCACAUUCAUCGUCGAUGGCUGAGGAGCACCUGCCGGGAGGGUUGAAAGGCUCUGAUGUGGUUCUUUAUUCUAUUUUUGAGUCCCUGGGGAUUGAAGUCAGUGUGCUUCCGGUGCUGGAAAUAGAAGGCGAAUAUAAUUCGGAUAUUCCCUCGUUCGAGCUCAAACUCCGGAGUUAUACCUAUCCAGGUCAAGAUCUCAAGGGCAAAAGCUUGCAAGGAAAUAUUGGUAGAGACAGAGAACUGCUGUCUUACGAUUCAUCUGCAUCCGAUCUAUCUGGCGACGAAUGUGUGGAGCGCCGAUGGCGGACUCUUUUUUUCUCCCGUCGAGUGUGUGGCAUUCAAGAUCUACUCCGCACUGCCACAAAAAGAGAAAUCAGCACCCAGCGGUUGGAAGGUGCCUUGGUGGGGACAGGCCUCCAUGAGUAUGACACAACAACCUUCGGACAGGACAUGGAACCGGAAGAGGCAAGUGUUUGGCGCUCCUGCCACCUGCCCGGUAUCACCUGGAUCACGGAACCGAAGCAUCAAGAAAUGGCCUUUUCGUACAUCGCAUACGGCAAUGAAGCAUCCAUCGGCACCCAGUACUCGUGCGCGGCCAUCCUAGCGGUCAUUCCACCGUUUGAUAGACGCUAG